ACUCAAAAGCCACACAACCUCCUUUUCCUCAUCAUCAAUACAGCACAAACGGUCGGCCAAGAAUGAGAGAUUUUGUCGUCCUUGGCUCCUCCACUGUUACUCCUCCAAAUCCCUCUUCUCCUUCACACCAUAACCACCCCAUCAAGCCCUAUAAGUCUUCACUUCCUAAGUUCUCAUCAUCUGCCAAACAAUCUUCUCCCUUUUCCUCAUUUUCUUCCUCUUCACUCUCCACCCCCUCCUGGACCGUUACUAACACUCACCACCAAAUCCCCCUCAAACAUUAUGUCCACCUCGCCUCCAAGCUCGCCCAAGAUGCGAAUUUCCAAGAUUUCGAAAUGGUCGUCGAGGCUGUGCUUGAUUCCGGUGUAAAUGCGUCACAAUUUGCUCCAGCUUUCAGUGCUGAGCUACUUGCGAAUGGGAUUAGAGUGGGCAUUCGAGCCGGGAGACUUCGAGCUGUGAUUGAUACUUUGAAGAAAGUUCAGGAGCUUGGGAUUUCUUUGUCUGCUCGGGUUUAUGGGUCUGCCGGAGACUUGCUGGGAAAGGAUUGCUACCAAAUUGUGAAGCUCGGGCAACUCGAGGAAGCCGUUGAAUUGAUGGAGGUUCUCUCACGUUUCCAGUUAUCAAUCAGAGAACUUGUUCAGCCAGCGGAUAUGAUCAAACAAUGUGUUCAUAAUCGUAAACCAAAUCUAGCUGUGAGGUAUGCAUGUCUUCUUCCACACGCACAGAUAUUAUUCUGCACCAUUAUAUCUGAAUUUGGAAGAAUGAGAGAUUUAACUUCUGCACUAAGAGCUUAUGAAACAUCCAAGAAAAACUUGACUGGUCCCAAUAUGUACAUACAUCGAGCAAUAAUUGAUGCUUGCGGUCUUUGUGGGGAUUACCAGAAAUCUAGGUAUAUAUACGAGGAUCUACUUAGUCAGAAGAUCAGUCCGAAUAUAUAUGUGUUUAACAGUCUGAUGAAUGUGAAUGCCCACGAUCUUAAUUACACAUUGGAUCUAUAUAAGAAUAUGCAGAAUCUUGGUCUGAAGCCAGAUUUGGCAUCUUACAACAUCCUGCUGAAGGCAUGUUGUGUUGCUGGAAGAGUUGACUUUGCCCAAGAAAUAUACAAGGAAGUUAAACAUUUGGAAUCGGCGGGAGUGCUAAAAUUAGAUGUCUUCACCUACAGCACAAUGAUAAAGGUUUUUGCAGAUGCUAAGUUGUGGCAAAUGGCAUUAAAAAUCAAACAGGAUAUGUUGUCUGCCGGUGUCUCCCCCAAUACUGUGGCAUGGUCUUCAUUAAUCAAUGCCUGUGCACAUGCAGGGCUUGUAGAGCAAGCAAUUCAGUUAUUUGAAGAAAUGCUUUUGGCUGGCUGUGAACCUAAUACGCAGUGUUUCAACAUCAUUUUGCAUGCAUGUGUUGAAGCUUGUCAGUAUGACAGAGCUUUUCGCUUUUUCCAGUCUUGGAAGGGAAAUAAGAUGUUGCAGCCCAUUAAUGGAGACCACAGUAUCAACUUAGAGCAGGGAGAUUGCCAGUCGGCUCCUACUGGGCCUAAUGGCAUUUCUUAUUCACAUAUCUUGAGUUUUGCUGAGAGGUUCCCGUUUACACCAACUACAACGACAUAUAAUAUUUUAUUGAAGGCCUGUGGUAGUGAUUACUACCACGCAAAAGCAUUAAUCAAGGAGAUGAAAGUCGUAGGUCUUACUCCUAAUCACAUAAGCUGGUCAACCUUGAUAGAUAUAUGCGGAGCAUCAGGCAAUGUAGAGGGUGCCCUUGAGAUUUUGAAAACUAUGCGUGAUGCUGGGACUGAACCUGAUGUUGUUACAUAUACAACAGCGAUUAAGGUUUGCGUGGAAAGUAAGAAUUUUGAGCAAGCAUUAUCCUUAUACGAAGAAAUGAAAAGAUAUGAAGUACACCCAAAUUUGGUGACAUACACUACCCUUCUAAGAGCACGCACUAAAUAUGGCUCUUUACAUGAAGUCCAACAAUGCUUGGCCAUAUACCAGGAUAUGCGGAAAUCAGGGUACAAAGCCAAUGAUUACUAUCUCCAGGAACUGAUUGAGGAGUGGUGUGAAGGAGUAAUACAAGAUGACAGACAGAACCAAGGAGAGUUUACUUCCAGCAAUAAAUCUGAAUUAGAGAGACCUCAGAGCAUACUUCUCGAGAAAAUUGCAGCACACCUGCAAAAGAGGGUAGCGGACAUCCUAGCAAUUGAUGUUCAAGGGCUCACCAAGGUUGAAGCACGAUUGGUCAUUCUUGCUGUUCUGCGAAUGAUCAAAGAGAACUGUGGUUUAGGACAUUCAGUGAAUAAUGAUAUUCUAAUCAUCAUAGGAGCUACUAAAGCAGACGCAACUCCAGCCAAACACAUAUUAGUAGUCCAAGAUACGAUAACCAAACUUCUCCAGGAUGAAUUGGAGCUUGAAGUUAUGCCAGCCAGAACCAGAUUUGCGCUAGAUGACACCGUAAAACUUGAGAAUCAUGUCAUACUAAAUCCCAGCUUGGAAGCUGUACCAGGAAAGGAUAUCUCGCCCACAUCAGUACAACUCAAAACCAGGAGACCUGCAGUUCUACAGAGGCUGAGGGUAACCAAAAAGUCAUUACACGACUGGUUGCGGAGAAAAGUAAGCAAUAAUAGACAGGAUCUGAUAUAUUCUUAAUUUCCUAGAAAUUAAGAAAAAUGUACCGAAGUUGGAUAUGCCAAGUUUCCCCUCAGUUCUGCCCCUGGUCCGACUUAUUUAACCUGUAUAUAUAUACUGUACAUGUAUCUAUAACCAAAAUUAAGAGCUAUCCGAGAAUGGAUAAUCCGCAGGUUUAUGAAAUAAAAUCAUUUCUUGCACUCUUUUCUCCGGCA